AUGACUGAAGAUGGUAUGCUUUUGAACUUUGCCAUCGGCGAAACUGUCAUCAAGCCAGAGGCGAAGUUCAAAGGAGGGACAUGGAGGGACCGGCUGGUUGCAAAGAAGCGCUCUCAGCACAAGCCAAAAGGCGAUGGAGACGGCAACCAGCGCAAUAAUGAGUCGAAGAACCCGAACAAAAUUCAAAUCUCUGCGACAAGACCUGCGAAACGACAGAAGACAGGAGAUUCAUUUGAUUCCCCGGGCGCUCAAGGCGAUCGUCGGUCGCGAACCCAGCAGCAAUCGUCACACCAACACCCCAAGCAAUUCGUCUCGUCGCUUUUCACCAGCAACCCUGAAUCAAAGAAUGUGGAAGAUGCGGAGCAAGACGCAGUCACCAGCGAGGACGCAAAGCCAACUAACGCCCCGUUGAUUGACGGACUUGACACCUUCACCAACUUGGGCCUUUCGCCAAAUUUGGCAGCGCAUCUGCUUACCAAGCUCGAGCUGAAGGCCCCAACAGCGAUUCAGAAAGCUUCUAUCACACAACUACUUAAGGAAGAAAGCGAUGCUUUCAUCCAAGCCGAAACUGGAUCUGGCAAGACGUUGGCUUAUCUUCUUCCUUUGGUAGAGCGCAUUAUGGCUCUGUCAAAAGCGACAAAAGAGGCGGGCGUCCACCGUGACAGUGGUUUAUUCGCAAUUGUUCUUGCUCCAACUCGUGAGUUGUGCAAGCAGAUCUCUGUCGUGUUGGAGAACCUUCUCCGAUGCGCGAAUUGGCUAGUAGGAGGGACAGUCAUUGGUGGAGAGAAGAAAAAAUCGGAGAAGGCACGCCUAAGGAAGGGUUUAAAUAUUCUCGUUGCGACUCCGGGUCGCUUGGCCGACCAUCUCGACAAUACGCAGGUACUCGAUGUUAGCAACGUACGAUGGUUGGUGUUGGACGAAGGUGAUCGCUUGAUGGAUAUGGGAUUCGAAGAAGAACUACAAGGAAUCGUUAAGAAGCUCGACGCAAGACAACGGCCCAGUCGAAUUCCCGGCGUACCGUCGCGGAGGACAACCAUCUUGUGCUCUGCUACACUCAAGAUGAAUGUUCAACGGCUGGGUGAGAUCAGUUUGAAGGAUGCAGUCCAUAUCAAGGCGGAUCCUGAGGAUGAGGACGAAAAGGCUCGGAAUGCAAACAAGGAUGACGAGGAUUCAUUCCGAGUCCCAGCUCAAUUGAAACAGUCAUAUGCGAUCGUUGCGGCGAAGCUACGUCUGGUGUCUUUGACUGCCUAUCUCAAACGGACAUUUAUGCGGAAAGGCUCUGUGAUGAAAGCCAUUGUUUUUGUGUCUUGCGCCGACUCGGUAGAUUUCCAUUAUGAGGUGUUCACGAGGAAGCACGGUGAGAGGGGACACAACAAGAGUGAUGACGAAGAGGACAAAGAAGAGGAGGCCUCUGACAGCGAAAAGAAGGACGACAAGGACAAGCCGUCCCCCCAUGGCACUAUUGCGCCUGCCUUGGCUUUUUCGACAUCUUCGAACCCUGUCACCAUCCACCGACUCCAUGGCUCUCUUCCCCAGCAUGUUCGGACCGCCACCCUCAACUCAUUCGCUAAGAAUAAGGACGCUUCUGUGAUGAUCUGUACUGACGUGGCUGGCCGAGGGUUGGAUCUUCCCAACGUCGACCUUGUCAUUGAAUACGACCCGGCCUUCAGCGCAGAUGACCACACCCAUCGUAUCGGUCGUACGGCGCGUCUCGGUCGUGAUGGUCGUGCGCUUAUUUUCCUUCAACCCGGUUGUGAAGAGAACUACGUUGAAGUCCUCAAGCGUGGCUAUCGUGAUGGGGGUAAAGCUCUGACGCGUACCGAUGCUACUGAUAUUCUCAAGCGCGGUUUCGGUGGCGGCAGUACCGAUUCUACAUCAAAGAAUUGGGAGGAAAAGACUACUGACUGGCAGAUGGAUGUCGAGCGCUGGGCCCUGGAGAACCCAGAAUACUUGGAAAUGGCGCGUCGCGCGUUUCAAUCUCAUAUUCGUGCUUAUGCAACCCAUAUCGCCGCUGAGCGGAGCAUGUUCAAUAUCAAAGAGCUUCAUCUUGGCCACCUUGCGAAGAGUUUCGCUCUUCGGGAUCGCCCAGGUAAAAUCAAUGUGCCUGGCUUGCGUCAAACUAAGGAAGACACGAAGAAGGACUUCAAGGCUUCACGGAGUGGGGCUGCUGGGGCGAAGCGGAAGCACGAUGACAAUCCAUCUUCUACCACAGACGAGGCAGCUCGCAAGAUGAGAGCCAAGAUGAGGGAGCACAUGUCCGCUGGAGCCAGCGAAUUCAACCUUGCUUGA